AUGCGUAAAUUAUCCCUCAUCGAUGCACAACGAGAGUCUUUCGAUAUGCCAUUAACUGUUCACACCUCUGGGCCGCCUUCUCCCGCCAUCUCCCUCUUCUCUGUUCCGGGUCAUCACCGCGUUUCAAGUUCCGUUUCCUCGCUCGUUUCGUCUGGUCCUCUGGGAAACUCUAUGGAUAGCCCGAGCAGGAGUCAUUUGGCCGGUGUCAAGGAGGAGCCUAUCGCUCGCGACUCGUUGGAAGAUCAAUAUUUCCAACAUUUCGACGGCGCCGAUGAAUCGUGUUUCCCUAUGGACCCAUCUGAUAGCUAUGACCUCAGCGACAGCUGCGUGGACUUUUCUUCGACCAAGCGCCGCUCUGAUAGCGCGUCGAUGAAGGGAAUCUCGCGCAUCAAUUCGCACAUCUCAACCAUGUCAACUCGAUGGAAUCGCAAACGAGCCUCGGGGAGUCCGGAACGCGACGGAUUUCCGGAUGAUCUGCGCUCGCGAGCUAACUCUGCGGCUUCUUCCGCUUUGGCAAGCCCCGUGGUCAGCCCUGUCAGUGUUUCGCGCGUCGACUCCCGCAUUCCUCCGUCCCCGGCGCGGACGAUCUUCGAGGAGCGCAUGAGCGACUCUAAUGUUCGCCCCAUCGAUAUCACUCGAGCGAAUAGUCUAAGCCAGGAUGACAAUGACGCCCUGCUAGCCACCACUCCUCUUCUCCCUCCUCUUCUGGGUGAUGAUCCGACUAGCGCGGUUGCAUCGCGGGUGCAAUCUCCGCUGCAGUCUCCCUCCGUCGCAGACACGAGCCAGUCGGGUCAGUACUGUAUGACUUCUGCCCCCGGUUUCGCUGGCAUGCCCUCGCCACCACUCUCCUCCAAGCCAUCCGUCGCCUCCAUCUCUCGCCCUCGUGCCAGUACUUCCCGCACGAUAUCGGGUGAUUGCGCCCCCUUCGUGCUGUCAGAUCCCAACGACGAAUGGGCCAACAAGCUGGGGCACGCGAACUUCACCAUUCAGCCCGAGCCCUACCAACCCGUGGCCUGCGAUGUUAACCAUCUCCGCCAACUGCGUGCGGACUGGGAUAUUGCACGCUGCAAUUUUGCCAAGCACCUCGUGCGCACCGGUGAACACUACGGCGUCACCUCCAACAUCUACAAGCUCACCGGGGAGAAAUGGCAGUGCAUCAACAACCAGUGGAGAGGCCAGCACGAGUCCCUGCUCAGCCAACUAGGCGCGGCGGACGGCGUAGCUCUCACCCUGACUCAAUCCCAUCUCCGUCCUCGCGAGCAGGUCUGUAUCCCAGGCCUUCACGACAGCGCCAAGUUCCCCGAAAUGGGAGACGAGGACAUCGUCGGCCCGAUGACCGUUGCACCGGCAUCCGGCAUCGCCGGCAUGUGUCGCCCCAAUCCUCUGAAAAAGCGCAACUUCUUCCGCUUCUUCCAGGAUCUCGUCUCCCGCCCUUGA